AUUGUCUAAAGACAUCAGAGUUCUGUGGUCCAAACUCUCGUUGCACCAACUCAGUUGGGAGUUACAACUGUUCCUGCUUGAGUGGGUUUACUGUAACAAAUAUGAAUCAACCAAUCAGCAUCAGUAAUCCAUGUAAUGUGACUCUACCUUUGACUGAAUAUCUGAUUGAAAUUCAGAUCAAUAGUGUGGAUAGUAGCGUCACUGAUCAGCUGAGGACUCUUCUGAUGUCUUUUAAUUUGCCCUACAUAAUCAGUGACAGCACUAACAUUACAGAAAUCAACAUAACUACUGUGUGCUCAUUGAACCAAACUCAGUAUCAGUGUAAAUGUGAGGGUCUGUUUGUUUGGCCAAAUGACACGUGUCACUCGUACGAGGCCUGUGAUGUCAUCACUAAUGGUUCAUCAUGUACAUGUAUCAAUGCCCUUCCAGUGGAUGGACAGUUCUGUCAAGUACUGCCUUCUAAGUACAUGAUUGACAUUGAUGUGAGAUUCUUUGACUUGUUCCUGGUGAACUACUUACGGGAUCUCGUCAGAAAUAUCAGCCUACCUUUGACUCUGAGCAGCAGCAUAAAUAUCACAGAUAUUGACAUGACUACUGUGUGUGGGUUAAAUGGAACACAAUAUGAGUGCAAGUGUGAGGAGCGUCAUGUUUGGCCCAAUGACACCUGCAGGGCCUAUCAUGAGUGUGAUGAGAUUGUGGGAGGCACUUGUGGAUGUAUUCAAGCUCUCCCUUCAGAGGGUCCGCUUUGCCAGAGAGACAUCAAUGAAUGUAAAGAUGCAGUGUCAGUUUGUGGUCAAUACUCAGAUUGUAUUAACAUCAUUGGGAGUCACAUGUGUUCAUGCUGGAGUGGAUUUAAUUCCUCCAAUAAAGACAGUCCUGUGAGCCGCAACAACUCAUGUCAGGAUAUAGAUGAAUGUCUGGUCAGUCCAUCUGUAUGUGGUCCAGAUUCCAACUGCACAAAUGAAAUAGGAAGUUACAAUUGCUCAUGUUUGGAUGGAUUCACUGUAACAAACUCAAGUCUCACAAUCAGCAUCAAUAACACAUGUAGAGAUGUUAAUGAUUGUCUAAAGACAUCAGAGUUCUGUGGUCCAAACUCUCGUUGCACCAACUCAGUUGGGAGUUACAACUGUUCCUGCUUGAGUGGGUUUACUGUAACAAAUAUGAAUCAACCAAUCAGCAUCAGUAAUCCAUGUAAUGUGACUCUACCUUUGACUGAAUAUCUGAUUGAAAUUCAGAUCAAUAGUGUGGAUAGUAGCGUCACUGAUCAGCUGAGGACUCUUCUGAUGUCUUUUAAUUUGCCCUACAUAAUCAGUGACAGCACUAACAUUACAGAAAUCAACAUAACUACUGUGUGCUCAUUGAACCAAACUCAGUAUCAGUGUAAAUGUGAGGGUCUGUUUGUUUGGCCAAAUGACACGUGUCACUCGUACGAGGCCUGUGAUGUCAUCACUAAUGGUUCAUCAUGUACAUGUAUCAAUGCCCUUCCAGUGGAUGGACAGUUCUGUCAAGUACUGCUUUCUAAGUACAUGAUUGACAUUGAUGUGAGAUUCUUUGACUUGUUCCUGGUGAACUACUUACGGGAUCUCGUCAGAAAUAUCAGCCUACCUUUGACUCUGAGCAACAGCAUAAAUGUCACAGAUAUCGACAUGACUACUGUGUGUGGGUUAAAUGGAACACAAUAUGAGUGCAAGUGUGAGGAGCGUCAUGUUUGGCCCAAUGACACCUGCAGGGCCUAUCAUGAGUGUGAUGAGAUUGUGGGAGGCACUUGUGGAUGUAUUCAAGCUCUCCCUUCAGAGGGUCCGCUUUGCCAGAGAGACAUCAAUGAAUGUGAAGAUGCAGUGUCAGUUUGUGGUCAAUACUCAGAUUGUAUUAACAUCAUUGGGAGUCACAUGUGUUCAUGCUGGAGUGGAUUUAAUUCCUCCAAUAAAGACUACAACUCAUGUCAGGGACUUCUGUGA